UUCAUUCAAAAUAGCAUGGCUUUAGAAAAUAAUAAUAUUCCUUAUUCCUAUAAGAAUAACACAAUUAAACGAAAGCGAGAAACUCCAUCUAUUAGGCAAAACAAACAUUUGAUUAUUCCAGGAAAUAAGUGUCCUUUUAUUGAUACAAUCAACAGGAGUGUUCUUGAUUUUGAUUUUGAAAAAUUAUGUUCGGUCUCUUUGUCACAUCUAAAUGUAUAUGCUUGCUUAGUUUGCGGAAAAUAUUUUCAGGGACGUGGUCAGAAAUCACUUGCAUAUACUCAUAGUGUUCAAAUGGGACAUCAUUUAUUUAUAAAUCUUCACACUCUAAAAUUUUACUGUUUACCUGAUAAUUAUGAAGUAGUAGAUUCAUCUUUGGACGAUAUUAAAUAUGUAUUGCAACCGACUUUUUCACUGGAACAAGUUCAGGCACUUAACAAAAACGACAAACUUUCCAGAGCUUUUGACGGCACCCUAUAUUCACCCGGCAUUGUAGGGCUCAAUAACAUAAAAGCCAAUGAUUAUUGUAAUGUCGUUUUGCAGUCUCUUUCCCACGUUCCUCCUCUGAGAGAUUACUUUUUGCGGCCAGACAACUACCAGAAAAUCAACAGACCAGCAGGUGACAUAGCUUUCCUCUCAGUUUCGAGGUUUGGAGAGCUCCUCAGGAAGCUCUGGAAUCCAAAACAUUUUAAAGCACACGUCAGCCCUCACGAGAUGCUUCAAGCCGUGGUGCUGUGCAGCAAGAAACGUUUCCAGUUCACUAAACAAGGGGAUCCGGUAGAAUUUUUGUCUUGGCUUCUCAACGCUUUCCACCUGGCUCUCAACGGCACCAAAAAACGCGACAGUUCCAUCAUUUACAAAACCUUCCAAGGUUCCAUGAGGGUUUAUUCCAGAAAAGUCCCGCCUUUGGAUCUGAGCGAAGAUGAAAAGAUGAUAUUGUUAUUGACGGAAGAAUACAAAGAAAGAAGAGAAGAACAGCCAUUUCUUUACCUGGCAGUGGACCUGCCUCCACCGCCUUUGUUCAGGGACGAAGUAGAGGGUAACAUCAUACCUCAAGUCCCGAUCCAUAGCAUUCUGGCCAAGUUCAACGGUAUGACCGAAAAGGAGUACAAAACUUACAAGGACUCCACUAUAAAACGGUUCGAAUUGACUCGGUUGCCGCCAUAUUUGAUACUAUGUUUUAAGCGAUUUACGAAAAAUACGUUUUAUUUGGAGAAAAAUCCUACCAUCGUUAAUUUCCCUAUACAAGAUGUCGAGAUGGCUGAGUAUAUAUGUUCCGACCCGGCUAUUCAAGACGCCAAUCCCGAUACUACAUACGAUCUCAUCGCGAAUGUCGUUCACGAUUCUCUACCCGGACAAACCACCGGAACUUACAGGGUUCAUAUUCUUCACGCCGGAAGUGGGAAAUGGUUUGAAAUGCAAGAUCUGCACGUGACCGAAAUAUUGCCACAAAUGAUUACACUCUCCGAAGCAUAUAUACAGAUAUACAAGCUAAAUACUAAUGCCAAACCCUAGAAGAAGCAACAUUUUGGGACAUAAUUAUAUUCUUAAUUCAUAAUUACUUUUAUACAACUAAUCAAAUUCUAUGUAUUAUAAUAUCUAGUAUAAUAAUUUAUGUCAUUUUGAUACAAUAUAAAUAUAGUAUAUGAGAAUCUAA